AUGAACCCAGCCGUUAGCAGGAAGGCGGCACAACAACGUCAGCGGCGCACCUACAGAGUGAGAAGAGAUAUUUUCGCUGAGUACGACGAUGCUGAGUUACUGAAAAGAUUCAGAUUGGACCGUGCUGGUAUUGUUGCAGUGACUGAUAUAGUGAGAGACAAGCUGCAAAGUAAAACUGAAAGAAAUAGAGCCUUGACCCCUGAGAUGGUGGCCAUCACAUUACGAUAUUUAGCCACAGGAAAAAUGCAACAGUGCAGUUGUGAUGAUUUUGGAACAACGCAGCCCACUAUCAGCCGUGCAAUAUCACAGACAAUUGAUGCACUGGCUGACCCAGAAGUAAUCUGCCAGUUCGUGGCUUUCCCUCACACCCAGCGUGAAGUGCAGCAAAAACAGGCAGAGUUCAUGCAAGUAACUCAGUUUCCCGGUGUUGUGGGAGUGAUUGAUGGCACUCAUAUAAGAAUUGUGUCUCCUCAUGUCGAUGAACAUGUAUAUGUGAACAGGAAACGCUAUCACAGCAUAAAUGUGCAAGUAGUAUUUGAUGCUCACUAUAAGAUUCUUGACAUUGUGGCAAGGUGGCCUGGCUCAGUCAACGAUGCAAGAAUACUAGAUAAGUCAGCACUCAAACUGAUGUUUGAGGAACAACAUGUACCUGCAGGAUGCUAUACCUUCCCGGGGACAGUGGCUAUCCCUCCCCAGACCCCUGCCCCAGCCACCCCUCUCCCUGUGACCCCUGCCCAGUCAUCCCUCACCCCCUCCUGCCCCCAUGCGGUGCUGCCAGCGGGGGUGAUGGGAGGUGGAG